ACUUCGAAAAAGUUCGCGUCGUCAGGCACCACAGCUGUCAACCCCACAUCUUCUGAGAUACCCCUCCUUGUUUGUUUUCAGAUUGUUUCCAAGAUGUCCAACCCCACACAGAUCUUUGCGGACGAUGUGACGGAAGAGAAGGGCGAGAAUGCGCGUCUCUCCGCCUUCGUAGGCGCUAUUGCCGUCGGUGACCUUGUCAAGAGUACACUGGGGCCUAAGGGCAUGGACAAGAUAUUACAGUCUGCGUCUACCGGUGAAAUCAUGGUCACAAACGACGGUGCUACGAUCCUGAAAGCUAUCGCUCUUGACAACGCUGCGGCGAAAGUACUGGUCAAUAUCUCGAAAGUCCAAGACGACGAAGUCGGCGACGGAACCACAUCAGUCACUGUGCUCGCCGCAGAACUGCUUCGUGAGGCUGAGAAGCUCGUAGACCAGAAGAUACACCCCCAGACGAUCAUCGAAGGCUACAGGAUAGCGAGCGUUGCGGCUCUGAAAGCUUUGGAGAAGAUCGCCGUGGACCACAGCAAGGAUGAGCAGACGUUCAGGAAAGAUCUCGAGGCGAUCGCUCGGACGACAUUGAGCUCAAAGGUCCUCUCCCAAGACCGACAGCAGUUUGCGAAGCUCGCAGUAGAGGCAGUGCUCAAGCUGGGAGGCUCGACCGAUCUUACGCACAUCCAGAUCAUCAAGAAGGCAGGAGGAAAGCUCAAGGACUCCUAUUUGGACGAUGGCUUCAUUCUAGACAAGAAGUUUGGUGUGAACCAGCCUAAGCGGAUAGAGAACGCUAAGAUUCUAGUCGCGAAUACGGCCAUGGACACAGACAAGAUCAAGAUCUUCGGCGCGAGAGUAAAGGUUGACUCGACUGGCAAACUGGCUGAUCUCGAGAAGGCGGAGCGAGAGAAGAUGAAGGCCAAGGUCGAGCGCAUCAAGGCACAUGGCAUCAACUGCUUCGUCAACCGACAGCUCAUCUACAACUGGCCGGAACAGCUGUUCGCAGAUGCUGGUAUUUGCUCGAUCGAGCAUGCGGACUUUGACGGUGUUGAGCGUUUAGCUCUGGUCACAGGAGGAGAAAUCACAUCGACAUUCGACCAUCCGGAGAAUGUCAAGCUCGGCCAAUGCGAUCUUAUCGAGGAAGUCAUCAUCGGAGAAGAUACCUUGAUUAGGUUCUCGGGUGUCAAGGCUGGGCGAGCAUGCACAAUUGUGCUCCGUGGCGCCACUGAGCAGCUUCUCGAUGAGGCCGAGCGGUCGUUACACGAUGCUCUCGCCGUCCUGUCACAAACCGUCAAGGAGCCUAGGACAACCCUGGGUGGUGGCUGUGCCGAGAUGAACAUGGCGAAGGCCGUUGCAGAGGCCGCACAAAACGUGGCUGGCAAAAAGGCAAUUGCAGUCGAGUCCUUCUCCAAGGCACUCCAGCAAUUACCCACCAUCCUGGCCGAUAAUGCGGGCUUCGACUCAAGCGACCUGGUCACGCGACUCCGGAAAGCCGUCUACUCAGGUUUGACCAGCUCUGGACUAGACCUCCUAUCACCCGGAGGCGGAAUUGCGGACAUGAGGGAGCUUGGCGUCAUUGAGAGUUACAAGCUAAAGCGUGCGGUUGUCUCUUCGGCUUCUGAGGCCGCAGAGUUACUGCUACGUGUUGAUAACAUAAUCAGAUCAGCACCAAGACGUCGCGACCGCAUGUAGUUUGGAGCUGAUGCGAAGUGUCACUUCGAGGGAGGAGGUGGUCGUGGAUGAUGGGAUCAUCAUGUGAUCUACAUGUGACCUGUUAGAUACGCGAGACAGUAACACCAUGUGCUCGAGCAAGCAUGGGACGAUUUCGGCACUAGAUAGAGUGUACAUUACGAAAUAACAUCAAUGCAGCCUAAAA